AUGGAAAAAGAUACAAAUCCAAUCAUUCAUGCACAUUAUAAUGGGACGUUCGCACCUUCCCCAUUGAUGUAUUUUGAUGCAGACAUAGCCUCUAUACCAUACAAGGUUGUGAACAAUAUGACAUUCCCCGAUUUCACCCAUUUUCUUGAAAAGCUUACUAACGUUGAGUCAGAGAUGUGUAUUUUUUUUCCACAUGAAGAGGAAGAAACAAACCUUGAAGAUGAUUUGGUUUCUAUUGAUGAUGUUGACUUCGUUUUAAAAGAUGGUCUAAAAACUUAA